AUGAAAUCCUUGAAUGAACCGAAUUCUGAUGGAAAUAUCACUGAUACUUAUAUGGUAGCUCAAUUGCUAUCACCAAUAAUAACUUCACAGCGUGUAAUGGCUGCUCAAUUUGGAAAUACUUAUUCUUCCAUGCAGUGUAAGGAUGACACAGUUAUUGUUUUUGAUGAGUUUCUUGAUCAUGUGUUAAUGAUUAUAACUAAAGAUAAUAUUGAUGACGCUCAUAGAGAACUUCUGGAUUGUAAAACAUUGUUACAGCAUAUUUGUGGACAAAAUAUUGACUUACUACAUUCUCCUGUGUAUCAAGAUUGGUUAUCGGUGCUGUUAGACAGCCGUACUAAGGGAGAUUCCAUUCCGGGGGCUAGUGGUGUGAUUGGUGAAAGUGGGGCCACAGUUGCGGCUCUCAAUGCUCUGAAAACUAUCUCUAAAGAAAUUAAAUGUUCAACAUAUCAACAUUUUCACCUCAUGCUUUUUGUUGGUGACAAAAUGCUUGCAUUGUAUUCAAGUCGUGGAAGUGAAGACUUAAUGCCAGCAGAUUUAAUACUUCUAAGCAUUCAGUGUAUAGCAGCACAAGAAUAUUGGAAUAAUGUAAAAGAAUCAAAGACUAAUGAAGUUGCUCCUAACUCUUGGUUGCCAUGGCUUUCUGAGCAGAACAGUGCCAUUGUGCAUUUGUGCGCGGGCCCCGCAGUAGUGCCAUGCGCGCCACACUCGCUGCACAUCGCUCAAGUGGCUCCUCGGGUCAUCUUCGUCGUGUUGGUAGAUUUGGAGAUGAGAGAUAUUGGAAUAGCCACACAUAUGUCUAGUCAGAUACUUUCAAAUUUGGAAAGGAUUUUACUGCAAAGGAAUGUUGAGUUGCUACCCAAUACACUAGACAGCCUCGAAGUUGCAGUAAAAAAGAUGACCGACGCCCUGCGCAAGGGCAAGUCGAACGCGGGGCUCUGCUCUCGGCUCAGCCAGCGGACGUGUGAGCUCCGCAAGGCCUGUUCUGCAGCGAUGCCGCAGGGCCCAGAGGCCGGCGCGGGAGCCUUACGCGCCGCCCUGGACUCGGUGCUCGCCCUCCUCAAGCCCGACAUCCCCCCAUUGCGAUUGGAGCGCCCUCUGAAGGACCUCACCGGCCUACUGGCCCCCUACGUCGAGUUCCUGCGCGUAAAGGCGAUGCGCUACUUCAGCCUGGGAUCGGGCGAGACAGACGCGAAUUCCCUAACGCUUCACAAGUAUCUAGAAGAGUUCCCGGGGCUGAUACACUUCAUAUACGUGGACAGAACCACCGGCCGGUUCUUGGCCCCAGACAUGGCCGACUGCGCUGACAUGCUGACACCGGCCACGGUGCGCGCGAUUGUGCGCCGCGCGAUGGGCUGCCUGCGCGAGGGCUACGGCGCGGCGGCGUGGCGGCGCGGCGCGCUGCACGCGUGCGCCGUGCAGUGGUGGGAGGGGCGCGGGGGGCCGGUGCGCCCCGCGCACGCGCCCCACCCCGCGGCGGUGCGCGCCCUGCCGCCCCCCGGCGACGUCCGCUCCACGUUCUACAGGCAACUCCUGGAGCUCGCUUUCCCCAACGAUAGCCAAGGUGUCAGCAUGAAGGAGCUGAUCUGCAUACACCUGGGCCUGGUGCCAGCUUCCACUGCGGUGCAACAGGCGCGUCGACUGGCGCACUCGGUACACGAGUUGGCCGGCGACAACCCAGCAGUUGCUGCGGACUUGCUA